AUGGCCGCUAAUAAGAGGUUGUGUUGUGUGAGAGUCGGGAGAAUAUCGUCUCAAUUGAACCAAAAUUAUCAUAACCUCAACAAUCAUGACGUGAGCCACGAGUCGUCCAUCGGUUCCAGUGUUUCGGCCGCCGAGUGUCGUCUGAACGGCUAUCACAGCGCCGUAUGUAUUGGUGGCCACAAUAGUAGCGGACAUUCACUCACCGCUCACUCUUCGUCGGCCACUCUCUCCUCUUCAUCGCACUCUUCGCGACAUUAUUUGCCACCAAAUGGCAGAACAGUUGAGACACUACUGGAUAUUUGUGCAAAAGUGGUGGCAAUUCAUGUGCCGUUUCAGCGAAUAGAGGAAAGGUAUGAACGGAUCCCCGAACCCGUCCAAAGACGGAUCAUCUACUGGUCAUUCCCUCGCAAUGAGAGAGACAUCCAAAUGUAUUCAUCGCUCAGUAGUGACUGUCAGGGCUGUCCAGACAACCAGAAACUGCCAUUUUAUAAGGGACUCAGGCUUUACGAACUCGGAUCAGUUGACAACGUCCUCCAAGUCGACAACCAGAAACUGCCAUUUUAUAAGGGACUCAGGCUUUACGAACUCGGAUCAGUUGACAACGUCCUCCAAGUCGUCCUGUUUUCCCUGACCGACUCCUCAGCCCAUACCAGAGAAAACGCCAGAAUCGCCGCCAGCGCUCCUCCAAACCUAAUACACAGUACCCAAGACUUACAUCGUGCCCUCCUAUCUGUGCCGUCCGAACAAUACGGUCUGCAAUCAGUAUUGUAUCGGAUGUACUGCCAAAAGCACCUGAAGAACCACAUGAAGCACAUGAAUGCAUGCUUUCAUUUGAGUGGUAUUAUCACAACAAAGUCUACUUCACAACAAUCGGGUUAUGCGGACGGCGAGAAGCGCUACAAUGUCUCCAUCACUUUCGACAGAUGCAAAAUAACUUCAGUUACGUGUAGUUGCGAUACAAAAGACAUAUUCUGGUGCCAACAUGUGGUGGCACUGGCUUUAUAUCGUAUCAGGAAUGCCACCUCUGUCUUACUUCGGGUCCCGAUCUCUGAGACAUUACUGCAAUUGGAUAGACAACAGUUGCAGAAAUUGCUUCAAUACCUGAUAGCAGAACAUCACACAGAAGUGUUGCCAACCGCUCAGAAACUGGCCGAUGAGAUACUGCAGACCCGAUCGAUCAUCAAUAAGAUCGCGGGCGCACCCGACCCGACAGCCGGUGCCUGCGCUGAGGACGAGCACAGCUGGCACUUGGAUGAGGAGCAAGUGAGCGAACAGGUCCGCUCGUAUCUGUCUCAGGGGGGCUAUUAUAACGCCAACAAACAGCUCAACGCACUCUUUGCCAAAGUAUGCGCUCUAUUGUUG